AUGGAUGCCGCGUCUCUCAUCACCAAGGCGCGCAAGGUGCGGGACGACUCCAUUGCUGAAGUCACGCCGGCCCUGGCGGGCCUCCCGGAUCCGCUUCCCAGGAACGUGAUGGGUGUCUACAGAGAUGUCUUGACGGAGGAGGAGAUCAAGAUCACUUCUUACGAUGCGCCGGAGCUGUUGCUGGCUAUCAGGGAGAAGGUGUUUUCGUGCGAGACGGUCACGCGGGCGUUCUUAAGGAGGGCUGCCUUGGCACAGAAACUGACGAAUUGCAUAGCCGAGCUGCUGCCUGCCAGAGCCAUCGCGCGGGCAAAGUACCUCGACUCCCUGCCCGCACCGAUGGGACCCUUCCAUGGGCUUCCCAUCUCUAUUAAAGAGCACCAUGGCAUGCAAGAUUGCGAGACAAACGGAGGCUACGUGGCCUGGAUCCAAGAGCCCAAGACCGGGAACGUUUCCGUCAACGACAUCCUGUAUGAAGCUGGCUGCGUCUUCUAUGCCCGAACCACGCAACCGCAGGCCGUAAUGCAUUUGGAGACCAGCACCAACAUCUACGGGACCACGACGAACCCCUGGAACACGGAUCUGACUUCCGGCGGGAGCUCUGGAGGCGAGAGUGCUCUUGUUGCGUGUCGAGGGAGUAUCCUGGGCAUAGGAGGUGACAUCGGUGGCUCAAUCCGCUGCCCAGCAGCCAACGUUGGUGUCUACGGCUUCAAGCCUACCCCAGGUCGCAUGGGAAAGAUGGGUUCCCACGCCGCAGUCUCGGCCCAAGACGGUAUCAUCGCAACCGAAGGCCCUCUCGCCACUUCGCGAUCCGGUAUCGAGCUCUUGAUGUCCACAUAUUUCUCCUACGAGCCGUGGGUCAGGGAGACCUCCCUCGUACCGCUUCCCUGGCGUCCGGUGACGCUGCCACCAAAGCUAAAGAUUGCGAUCUUGUGGGACGACGGAAUCGUAAGACCCCAUCCUCCCAUCACCCGUGCCUUGAAGGAGGUCAAGCAGAAGCUGGAAGCUGCCGGCAUGGACGUCGUGGACUGGAAGCCCGAAGGCCACGACGAGUGCUGGAACCUGACCCAAGCCCUGUACUACGAGGACGGAGGAAAGGCCGUCAAGGACCUGAUCGCGAGAGGCGGCGAGCCCUUGCUGCCGCUGACCGACUGGCUCAUCAACAACAACGAUAACGUAAAGUACCGAAGCGUAGAAGAAGUCUGGGAUCUGAAAACCAGACGCAACAACUACCGCAACCGCUACAACGCCCUCUGGCUCGCCACGGGCGCCGCCGACUCCCACCCCGUCGACGCCAUCCUCUGUCCCGCCGGCCCGGGCCCGGCCCCCCCGCACGGCAACGCCAAGUACUGGUCCUACACCUCCCAGUGGAACAUGCUCGAGUACCCGGGCGUCGUGUUCCCCGUCACCGCCGUCGACCCGCGGACCGACGUCGAAGAGACGGCCUACGUGCCGCGGAAUGAGCCGGAUCGGUUCAACUGGGAGCUGUAUCAGAGGGAGCGCUACGUAGAUGCGCCGGUCAGCUUGCAGAUUGUCACGAGGCGGUGGGAGGAUGAGAAGUGUUUGGCGGUUCUGAAGGAGGUGGAGAAGGCCAUGGGGAGGGAGUAG